UGGCUCAAGAUUAAGACUCUGUUACGCAAGGUGGCUAAGGAUAAGAGCAGUAAGGAGUUAAAAAAGAUUAGCCGAUCACUCCACCACAUCUCAAUCCAGAAUUCUCUCCUCCACCACGAGGUUAGAGGCCUGAAAGAGGUUCUAAAGACUCAGAAGAAGCACAAGAAUAAGAGGAAAGUUCUGCCAUUAGAGUCUUAUCAUGGUGGAGCAGAAUUCUACUCUCCAAGCAGAGUAGAGAGAGCACGCUCACUUGAGAGGGCAAAACAACAAGACCAGGAGGCAGAAGAACUCCAAAAGAGUGAGAGAGCUAAGACAAGGAGUGCUAAUAAGGCAUACAACGAAAAAAUUGCUCAGGAGAAGCGUGAGAAGCGGGCAAGAGAGAAGAAAGAGCGUGACCAACAGCGUGCUAAGGAGGCCGAAGAAGUAGCAAAACGCAAGGCUGCCAGAGAGGCCCAAAAACACGAUAAAAACGCUGAGAAAAGUACCCAAUUGCCUAAUCAGGCUAAGCGGCAGGCCUCACGUCAAUUGCAGCCAAAAAAAAACAAAAAAGCGUAG